AUGCAGUUAUCAUGCUCCCGGGAUGACAUAAUCCUGGAUCACCCUGUUCUUGGCUCCUGCAAAGUGACCGAGAUCUACUACAGACACCGUGUCAUCAACGUCGCCCCGCUUGCGGAACCUGCGAUGCAGUGCCCACUUCAGAGGCUCAUCUCAACAAAUUUAGCAACUGAUGUGUACAAACUACCUCCAUCACGAACGACCCUGCUUAUGCAUACAUAUAUGAUCUACCACGAGACUGUGAGGCUGUUUCUAGAGGCAUUCCAGUACCCUACAGCUAUGAUAUACAUGGCCCAAACUUACAAGACGAUCUUGCCUUCAACAAAAAAGCGAGUGCAGUCAUCAGUUUUGGUGAAACAACAUUCACUUGGUACCUCAGUAACCUUACCGAUGUCUGCCAACAGUGUGAACGUGAAGGUCGACACUGUGGAUUCAGUUCACGAAGCCGUCAAGCAUUCUGCCAGCCCCAUGGUACCCAUGUCGUCCCAAUUGCGGUCAAGGUACAAUGAAGAGAUAAAUAUGAAGGUUGAAAUGUUUCUCAAGGCAUAUGGCACAUCGAAACCUACAAGAUACACCUUCCGUGAUGUUAAGAAGAUAGCAAGAAGGUUCAAGGAUAAACUCGGUCAGGGUGGAUUCGGAAGUGUGUACAAAGGCGAGCUACCAAAUGGAGUACCCGUGGCAGUCAAGAUGCUAGAGAGCUCUACAGGAGAGGGGGAGGACUUCAUCAAUGAAGUUGCAACCAUUGGACUGAUCCACCAUGCAAAUAUCGUACGUCUCUUGGGCUUUUGCUCCGAAGGAAUGAGACGGGCCCUUAUUUAUGAAUUCAUGCCUAACGAGUCACUGGAGAAAUACAUAUUCCCACAAGUUCCGAAUAUCUCUCGACAGCUCCUAGCACCCAACAAAAUGCUAGAUAUUGCUUUAGGCAUUGCCAGAGGAAUGGAAUACCUGCAUCAAGGCUGCAACCAGCGCAUCCUCCACUUUGACAUCAAGCCACAUAACAUCCUGCUGGACUACAACUUCAAUCCAAAGAUCUCAGACUUUGGCCUUGCAAAGCUGUGUGCAAGGGACCAAAGCAUCAUUACCUUGACUGCAGCCAGAGGCACAAUGGGAUACAUCGCACCAGAGGUAUAUUCUCGGAACUUUGGAGGGGUGUCUUACAAGUCAGACGUGUACAGUUUCGGCAUGCUGGUGCUAGAAAUGGUGAGUGGAAGGAGGAACUCAGACCCAAGUGUUGAGUACCAGGACGAGGUAUAUCUCCCUGAAUGGGUCUACGAGAGAGUAAUCAGUGGACAUGAAUGGGAGCUUACUUCAGAAAUGACAGGAGAAGAAAAAGAAAAGAUGAGGCAGCUGACUAUUGUGGCCCUGUGGUGUAUCCAGUGGAACCCGAAGAAUCGGCCAUCAAUGACAAAGGUGGUAAACAUGUUAACUGGGAGGUUGCAGAACCUACAGAUUCCCCCUAAGCCCUUUGUGUCGUCUGAAAAUCAUCAUCCUAGAACAUAAAAGCACAGAGAAUGCUGCCAUUAUUUGAAGACAUGCACUUAGUCCAUGUGUUGCACAACAAUACAUA